AUGGACAGGUUCUUAUUUCUUCAGCUCUUCCUCCUUGUAGCAGCCCUGAGCUCGGAGGGUCUCCCUCGCAAACUGAAGGAGUGGGAAAAAUGCUUUAUUGACUCUGACUAUGAAGAACUUGUGGAUAUUGCCAAAAAUGGGUUGGAAAAAUCGUGUCGUUCAAAGAAGGUGGUGAUUGUUGGAGCAGGAAUCAGUGGACUCACUGCUGCCAAACUGCUGAAAGAUGCUGGUUGCGAGGUCCUGAUUCUGGAAGCCAGCAACCGUGUGGGAGGACGUAUCUUGACCUAUCGAGAAAAAGAUUGGUACCUGGAGCUGGGAGCUAUGCGUUUGCCGAGAGACCAUAGGAUUGUGCGUGAAUUUAUUACCAAAUUCAAACUUAAACUGAACCCAUUCUAUAAUACUAAUGACAAUGCCUGGUAUUUGGCUAACAACGUCAGGGCAAGAUCUGGAGAUGUUGACCGAAAUCCUAAUAUCUUGCAAUACCCUCUGCUUCCCACAGAGAGGGGGAAAUCUGCCAGCGAACUUUAUGACCAGACACUGGAUAAGGUGACAACAGACUGCAGAGCUUUGAAAGAGAAAUAUGACUCAUUUUCCAUCAAGGAAUAUUUGAUUAAAGAAGGAAAAUUAAGUAGAGGAGCCAUUGACAUGAUUGGUGACUUGCUGAAUAUAGAUGGGAGUUUCCACAUAUCUUUUCUGUACUCUGUCAUGGACGAUAUUGCUUUCAAAGAAGGUUUUGAUGAAAUCACGGGGGGAUUCGAUCAGCUUCCAGAGGCGUUCUACAAGGGUAUGCACAGGGAUAUUCUAUUUCAGUCCACAGCAGUGAAGAUACUACACGACAAUGAAAAAGUGAGAGUUUUUUAUCGCAGGCCACGCACAUUGCUCCCCUCCUCAGUGACGGCUGACUAUGUCCUUGUCGCAACCACGGCAAAAGCCACACGGCUCAUUAAAUUUUCUCCACCUCUUUCCUCCAACAAGACCCAUGCCCUGCGCUCCCUCCACUACUCAAAGGACGUGAAGAUUUUUUUGGUCUGCAGGGAAAAGUUUUGGGAGAAGGAUGGAAUCUAUAAUGGGAGGUCAAUCACUGAUCGCCCAUCCAGAUUCAUCUACUACCCCAGCCACAAUUUCUCCAGUGGAGUGGGGGUGAUCUUGGCUUCCUACACUUGGGAUGAUGAUGCUGAAUUCUUCGUUCCCCUUAGUGAUGAAAAGUGUGUUGAUGUGGUACUGGAGGACCUGGCAGAAAUCCACCAAAUGCCCAAGAAUUAUAUCCAGAACAUCUGUGAUAAACAUGUGAUCAAGAAAUGGGGCCUGGACAAAUAUUCGAUGGGAGCAUAUGUUUCAUUAACCCCAUAUCAGUUUGUCGACUACUCCAAAGCUUUAUUUCAGAAUGAAGGGAGGGUCUAUUUUGCAGGAGAAUACACCGCUCACCCUCAUGCCUGGAUCGAAACGGCUAUGAAAGCUGCUGUGAGAGCAGCCAGGAACAUCCAUGGCACUAUCAAUGCAUCACCUAGGUGGCAACAGAAAGAGCUGAAAGAAAAUGAACUGUAA